AUGGAAGAUUUCGAAGUUGAAUCAUCUUUGAAAGAUCUCAUUACUCAAGAUUCACUUAAGUGGAUCUUUGUAGGGGGUAAAGGAGGUGUUGGUAAGACCACCACGUCAUCGUCAGUUGCCAUACAGAUAGCACUUCAUCACCCAGAUAAAAACUAUCUAUUGAUCUCUACAGAUCCGGCACACAAUCUUUCAGAUGCCUUUGAUCAGAAGUUUGGCAAGGAUGCAAGAGUGGUCGAGGGACUUUCCAAUUUGUCAUGUAUGGAGAUCGACCCAUCUUCCUCACUGGAAGAGUUUGCGAAUAGCAAUAAAUUAGGUAUGGAUAAGCAGGACCCGUUGACCAAUGUAAUGACAGAGGUCACAGGCUCGAUUCCGGGUAUUGAUGAGGCUUUUUCGUUUAUGGAGGUGUUGAAACAUAUCAAGAGUCAAAAGCAUCCGGACGAUUCUACAGUUCAAUACGAGAGUAUUAUCUUUGAUACGGCUCCUACCGGUCAUACUCUACGUUUCCUUCAAUUACCACAUACUUUGGAGACAUUGUUGGACAAAUUUAAUGACAUCAGUAGUCGAUUGGGACCUUUAAUGAGCAUGAUGGGAGGAGAUCAGAAGGCAGAAUUGUUCAGCAAACUUGGCGAGAUUAAAGGACAAGUUGCCGAGGUGAACAAGCAGUUUCAAGAUCCGGAUCUUACCACGUUUGUAUGCGUGUGUAUCUCCGAAUUCUUGUCACUAUAUGAAACAGAGAGAUUAAUUCAAGAUUUGAUGAAAUAUAACAUGGAUGUUAAUUCAAUUGUGGUGAACCAAUUGUUGUUUGCAGAUGAUGAUCAGUGCAAGAGAUGCCAAUCAAGAUGGAAGAUGCAGAAAAAAUAUUUAAAUCAGAUGGAUGAGUUGUAUGAAGACUACCAUUUAGUUAAGAUGCCAUUAUGCGGUAAUGAAAUUCGAGGUUUGGAAAACUUGAAGAAGUUCUCAAAGUUCUUGAUCUCCCCAUAUGAUCCAAGGAAGGAUGGAGAGAUUGUCUUUUCUAUAGAGGAGAAAUGA